GGUCGAAUUACAUUUUAAAUUUCAGUGCGCGCUCCUGCUCCAGAGGAAAGAGCCGGAGGAGCCGAGCUGAAGAAGAAGAAGACCCGCUUCAUCCACCACCAGUCUGACUCCUCGUUGUUCGUGAACGCCGGAGAAAAAUAGCAGAAUGUCCGAAGAAAAGCCGAAGGAAGGAGUGAAGACGGAGAACGACCACAUCAACCUGAAGGUGGCCGGUCAGGAUGGGUCGGUGGUACAGUUCAAAAUCAAAAGGCACACUCCGCUCAGCAAACUAAUGAAGGCAUACUGCGAAAGACAGGGCUUGUCGAUUCGUCAGAUACGGUUUAGGUUUGAUGGACAGCCCAUUAAUGAAACAGACACACCUGCACAGCUGGAGAUGGAGGACGAGGACACUAUUGAUGUAUUUCAGCAACAGACUGGAGGAGUCUAUUCUUAAAUGUGAUUUGGACUCUGGGAUUAACACCAUUUUUCCCCCAUGUUGUAUUUGUUUAUUUCAGUUUUUACUUCAUUUUCCACUGUGCUUGGCUAAAUGUCAGACUAUUCACACAUCACACAUUUUUUUUUUCUUUUUUUCCAUGGGGCGGGGGGAGUAAAUGCUGACUUUGAGAUGCAUUUUUUUUAAAACAUGUUUUAAUAACGUAAAUGGAUGAUUUGAAAUUGUCCAAGGCAGGGACACAUCUCAGAUCAGAUAUGGCUUAUUAUUAUUAUUAUUAUUACUGCGGUCCUGUGAUGUUGAGAAGACCUCCUGCAUGUCUCAUGAAUCAUAAGCUGAGUGCCAUUUUGUUUUUUUUCCAGAUCAUUGUAAGUAUUCAAAUUCAGGUUAAGCGUAUCUAUUUUAAUUCAUGUACUCUUUAGGAUUAUAUAAGGAACACUGCUGGAUUGGAGCCAGUGCUAAGAUGUCCACAUAUGGGAAAGACAAAUAGACACUGUCGACCACAAAGCAGAUUUAAAAUGUUGCUAAAUAAAGUAUGACUGUGUUUGUGGACCAAAAGUGCUAAAUGGAGAUGUAUGUAAGGGUCACUGUAACUUAGUGGAGAGAGCGGUUCUCUUCUUUUGUAAAUCACUUCUUUACAUCUUUUCAGGACCUUUUAAAACAUACAGAGUCCUGCAUACUGUGUUGCCAGUUCAGUAAGUUUGUACAAAGUCUAUCCAAACAUUAUCAACAUUUACUUUGAUGCUUGUGUGUUGGUAGAUUUUCUUUUUUUCUUUUGUUUUAUAAGAAUGUCGACCUGCAUUUUAAAGCAUCUUGAAACUGCACGGUGACAUUGGCAGAUAUUCCAGUUUCUUUAAUUUGUAUAUUUUUUUUUGUUGUUGUCCCUAUACUGUAUACAAUAAAUAUAGUUUGAUACUCAGCCUCUUUAA